AGCUUUCCCUCAGCUGGCGCCCAGGCCUCCUCGCUCUGCUCCAGUGGUUUUCCAGCUCUUUAUUUGGUGGUGCAACUUGUGACUUCUAAGGCCAUGGUCAGAUGGGUUUGCAAGGUCAUUUCCCCUCCCUUGCAAGUAAAGCAGCCGCUUACACGAGUCUACAACUAAAUCAGACUUUUAUAUUUUUUUACACAUUCUGUGGCACGUCGGGUCACAAAAACAAUGGUUCCCUAAAACUGCUGCGGAGAGGCCAGAAAGCCCUCACGAGCCAAAGCUUCUGGGAGUAUAAGGAACAAUAAAAACAGCUAAAACGCUGUAACUUGAGGGGAUCGACCUCGUUUUUCCACAGAGGGCGAGUGAAGCAACACUGACUGACAAUAACUUUAUCAAGCUGAAAAGUGAUCCUUCACCUCCUGUGCAAUGGUGUAAGGUGGCUGCACAUGAAGAUGAGAAGACCAAGCUGGUUUUUAAAAGGUACUCGCAAAAUUCUUGCACUGUUUGUGGUUGGAGGGUGCUUCCUUUAUAUCCUCAAAUUACAUUUUGGCCCUGAGGAAUGUGACAGAACAAAAAUGCCGUAUGUGGACCUCGAUCGUGUAAGGAGGGCACAGCAAUUUGCCAGCGCCGUACUGCAGGAGCAGUGCCGACCUUCUUACGCGAAGAAAGAGAUGGGAAAGUUGUUUGCAGAGAAAUACAGCAUGGACAUAUCUCCCUUUGUGAGGAAAAAUAUAAAUGAAGAUGAAGCUUUAUUUAAAUAUGAACCUCCUUUUGGAUUUCACAAGUUCUUUGAUACACUUAAAGAUCUCCUUGAACUCUUACCUGAGCAUGAUUUACCAGAAGAUUUGAAGUCAAAGCACUGUAAGCGUUGUGUUGUUGUUGGCAGUGGUGGGAUUCUUCAUGGAUUAGAGCUAGGUCACUUAUUGAAUCAGUUUGAUAUUGUUAUAAGGUUAAAUGAUGCGCCAGUUCAAGGUUACACGGAUCAUGUUGGUAACAAAACAACAAUACGGAUGACUUACCCCGAAGGAGCCCCCUUUUCUGAACAUGAGUAUCCUCCUGCAAGCUUGUUUGUGGCUGUUCUGUUUAAAAGAGUUGAUUUCAACUGGCUUCAAGCCAUAGUAAAAAAUGAAACCUUGCCUCUAUGGGUGCGACUCUUUUUUUGGAAGGAGGUUGCUGAGAAAAUUCCUUUCACAUCAAAGCAAUUUCGGAUUCUGAAUCCAGUCAUUAUCAAAGAGACAGCUUUUGACAUUUUACAGUUCCCUGAGCCUCGAUCAAAAUUCUGGGGUUGGGAUAAGAAUGUACCUACAAUUGGGGUCAUAGCAGUUGUUCUGGCCACACAUUUAUGUGAUGAAGUGAGCAUAGCAGGAUUUGGAUAUGACCUGGAUCAGCCCAGCACACCUUUGCACUAUUACAACAACCUCUGCAUGGCUGCCAUGAAAGAACAAUUUAUGCACAAUGUGACAAGUGAAACAAAAUUCCUGCAAAAACUGAUCAAAGAAAAAGUUGUCAAAGACCUCACUGGAGGGAUACACUGUGAAUUCUGCAGCAAAGACAGCUAGUGACUGACUUGCAGCAUGGACAGAUUUGUUACAUUUCCAGAGGUUCAGCUGGAUCAACCCUUUCCCUCUCUUUAGUUCUAUAAAGUGUACAUGAAAUGGAUGUGGAGUCCCUGCUGCCUUUUUUAAUGUCGCGUUCAAGUUGUCGGACUUUUAAAUUAAUUUCCCUGUCAGAUUUUACUUUGCACAUUUCUGUGAAUAGCUGUGUAAAUAUGACUUGGAGUUGAAAGACAUCCAUUUAAAGUAUUUCAUGUUUUAAGUUGUCUGAAUAAAAGCAGGGUUUUUUGUUUUCAAAUGUAUAUGGAACGCACAUAGCUGGCCUGAAUUGUCUAACAGUGUACAAGAGAUAUUUUCCCCGGAUCUGCUGUCUUUGUUGGUCCAGUUCUUGGUAUCUUGACUCCUUUUCAUGCAUGCCAUGAAAAGAAAGGCAUAUACUUCUCAAGUCUUUCAUGUCUUGAACUUGAGCAUUGCAUUUACUCCUCAGAUAUUUAUAUUAUUUUGCUAAUAACAUUUUUUUGGGGGGUGAAGGACAAACAUAGGAGUGGAGUUGAAGGAAAAGGAAUUGUGGCAACAAGUGAGUAGUAAGUACUUUGAUGUUCAUGGUUGGUAUUGAAACCAUUGAUGUAUUGGGUUAGAAUCCUGCAUUGUGAAGCACAUUUGGGCCCAGGGGACUCUGGAAGAGGAUUUAUCCAGGAGGAGGCUUUAACCCAAAGCAGGUCAUUUGCCAUUUCCUUUCCUGAAGUCCCACCUAAAUGUCUCCAACUAGAUUAUUUGCAGCAGAAUUCAGCUAUCCCAAUUAAAGAAGUGGCAUUAAUACAAAAUCUGCCCCUUUUUUAAAAAUUAUUUUUUGAGUGACUUGAGAAUUGCUGCUUCUAUAAAACACUAGUUUGUAUCAAUCAUUUAGCAAAACUUAAAUGUAUUGACUAGGUUACAAUCUCCACUGGUUAGUUUUAUGAUCCUUAAAUAAUGAAUUAUGGACAUUGUUGACUUAAUAGUUUGCAAUGCUGAUAACCCUUGUGAAAUCCAGUAUUGACUUAAAUAGUCAGUUGGAGAAGUAGAGUUGUUGGUUUUCCCCCAAGUCAGUAAUUGGGUGAGUGUAUAAGUUAAGAAGAAAAUCACUUUAAGAAAGUAGCAUAAUCCAAUAAAAAGGUGGAUAACUGCUGAUAACAGCAAAUGUAAUAAACCAAAAGAGAAAAGAAAGCUAUAGAUGUAUAUUCUUGGUGGUGGAAGUCAGUGCAUUGCAAAAGCACUGGGCUGUGCAGAUCUGUAAGCAAGGUUUUUAUGAUAAUAUUUUUGUUACUAGUAGAGUAUCAGGUAUGACUGUUUGCACUGAGGAGUGGUGUUAAUCUAUAGUAUGUGAAAAAAGCUUCCUUUGGGAGUGAAAACUUGUCAGCAAAUCAAUCAAAUGUUGGCCUAGAAACAUUGUUCAUAGUCAUGGACUCUUCACAUGGUGAAUGUUCCCACUUUUCUUUGUUAUGGACAAGGAUAUGAAUGAAAUUGUAGUUCCAAAUUUUAUACUUGUGGAAAAUGCAAGAUUAGGGUGGUUGUGUUUUGGGUUUUUAUUCCCUGGAGAGAAGAUCUAAUGAAUUCUAAUGUUAGAAUGCAGGAGCAACAGACUGAUGCUCACUGUUAUACUAAGAGGCAAUAAAAGGACAUCAGCUAAUGAAACAUAAUUGAAGAAAGUUGUGGACUUCAUCUUUCUGAAGUCCCGUGUGUCCAUUAAAUUCAGUUGUGGGAGCUUGAACAAAUUUAAAAAUCAGGAAUUCUUGUUUCUGGCACUGUGUUCAUAGCAAUAAUAUUAAUAUAGCCUCUUCCUCCAUGAAAAAUAUUAAUUUUUAUACUAGCAAUAAAUUUCUAGUCUGGUUUUUUUUUUGUAAGUAUAUUAUAUUAUUUAAAAAUAUUUCAUGUGUGAAGAGAAUUAUUCAAAUAGUCCUUUAGUUAAUAUAUUAAAAUGUGGUAAGUAUUCUCUCCUGGUAUUUAAACUGGAAGCAGAAUACCUUAAUUUCAUUUAGUAUUUAUGAAAUUUUGGAAGAUUUCAGAAUGUGUGUGUUGGGAGGAUGUCUUGAAUGCACUAGAAGUCUGUGUUUCUGAUCACCUGGUCCCUCACCACUUAAUUUUGUUCAGCAACUUCAAAAUAAUCAGUUGAUUAAUGUAAAUGCCAAUAGCUUUUUGGAGGUGCUGUAUUUACUGUCAAAUUUGCAAAUUGUAGAUUUCCUACUUGUAUCAUGGCUUCUGGCAAAACCUUGUUGUCUGUGGUAGUCUUUGCAGACUCGACACUCUGUGAAAUGGCAGCAAAAAGCAAUAAACUGAUGAAACCACUUUCUACUGA